AUGACCACCCUCUCCCCGGAGAACAGCGUCUCCGCCCGGCGCUCCGCCUCCUUCAUCCUGGGCCUGCACCCCUUCGUGAGGACCGAGGCGUGGAAGUUCCUCACCGGCUACUACUCCUGGCAGAGCUCCCAGGAUGAGCGGCUCACCGUGGACAGCAAGAGGAGGAAGAAUUACGAAGCCUUGUGCCAGAUGUACGAGAAGAUCCUGCCGCUGCUGGAGAACAUGCACCGGAACUUCACCGAGACGAGGAACAACAUCGCCUAUGACAUCCAGAGACUCUACGACAAAGACCCGCUGGGUAACGUCCUCAUCGACAAGAAGAAACUGGAGAAGCUCCUGCUCCUGAGCUACGUGUGCAACACCAAGGCCGAGUACCAGCAAGGCUUCCACGAGAUGGUGCUGCUCUUCCAACUGAUGGUGGAACACGACCAUGAGAUCUUCUGGCUCUUCCAGUUCUUCUUGCAGAAAACCGAGCACAGCUGUGUCAUUAACAUCGGGGUGGCCAAAAACCUGGACAUGCUCAACCGCCUCAUCAGCUUCCUGGACCCCUUGUUCGCUGAGCACCUCAAGGGGAAGGGCGCGGGCGCCGUGCAGUCUCUCUUCCCGUGGUUCUGCUUCUACUUCCAGAGCGCCUUCAAGUCCUUCGACGACGUCUGGAGACUCUGGGAGGUGCUGCUGACCGGGAAGCCCUGCAGAAACUUCCAGGUGCUGGUGGCCUACAGCAUGCUGCAGAUGGUGCGGCAGCAGGCGCUGCUGGAGAGCAUGAGCGGCGACGCCAUCCUCCUGGCCUGCUUCAGACUCAUCGACCUGGACGCCGACCAGCUGAUCUCCUCCGCCUGCAUGGUUUACGCUGAGCUCAUCCAGAAGGAAAUGCCGCAGCCAUUGAAGGAUUUCUUUCUCUGA